GACUCAUUAUCCAAACACUGGCGACUCUCCUGCUGGCUGGGCUGCUCCCGACUCUUCAAAUUCAAUCCCUUAUUUAAGAACAGCUGUGCCUGCACCAGCGCGGCCUACAUCAGAUUUCACCUUCUUCGCAAUACCUUAUCCACACACACAUUGGAGAAGCCAGCUCAUUUCGCAUCCGCUUGCAGUCGCGGGAACAGAAUUUUCUUAUUUUCAAGGAUAAGUUCGACCAUUGUAUGGAUAAGACAGAAACUCACAAGGGACUCAAUGGAGACUUGACUCGCGAGUCGCUGAUCGCACUCUCUUAUGACAUACCUGUCGCAGAUCUAACUUCCGAAGUUAAUAACAACGUGGACAAUCAAGAUGUGGAAGCUCCUCUGUUUUGUGAUGACAAAGAAAAAUACAGUCGGCGAUGGAUGCUCUGAUUCAGAGAAUCGGCAGAGCAGUGAAAGAAGCCGCGAGAAGCAGAAGAUCAGAUUGGUGGUACACUCCUCACAUGGCGGCCGCCUCGCGUGCCAUCGCCGACCGCCUUCGACUGGUCGAUAUCGUCCUCGAAGUCCGAGACGCCAGGAUUCCGCUGUCGUCAGAAUGUCCGCAGUUGAGGAAACUUCCAUCCUCCACGAGACGUCUAGUUGUAUUGAACAAGAUUGACCUUGCUAAUCCCUCCUGGACAAAGGAAUGGAUGACAUUCUUUGAAGAGCAAAAAUGGAUGGUUUUUGGAGUAAACUCACAUAACAGGGAGAAUAUCCGUAAGUUCCUCACCUUUCUACAAGCAAGAGUGAGAGAAUUGGAGAAAACCGAUGAUCUUCAUCGAACCAUAACUUUAAUGCUGGUCGGUAUUCCAAAUGUGGGGAAAUCUGCAUUAGCCAACUCUUUGCAUCAAGUUGGAAGGAUUUCAGCAGCAGAGAAAGGGAGGUUAAGGCGCUCAGUCGUGAGCCCACACCCCGGAGAGACAAAAAACAUAACCAGUUUAAAGAUUGCAAGCCAUCCCAGUGUAUAUGUCUUAGACACACCGGGCGUGUUGCCACCGUAUUUGACCGACAAUCAGGUAGGCUCAAAGCUUGCUUUAACAGGGGCAAUCAAGGAUAGUCUAGUUGGAGAAAUAAACCUCGCUCGAUAUUUUCUUUCUGUUCUUAGCUCGAGCGACGAAUACAAGAAAUGGGAAAACUUAAACUUAAGCAAUGGAGUAUUGGCUAAUGAAGGCAGUCCUGAUCUGGGUAGAAGGCAGAGAAGGCAACUUCAAACUGAUCAUACUCAGGAUGCGAUUGUGAACGGCGUGCGGCGUGCACUAUACGAAACAAUAUCAUCAUCCUCCUUUUCAGGGCAUGGAGAAGAAGAUUUAUCAGCUCUUAUGAAGGUAUUUCAUGUAGAAUCAUCACAACCUAAUAAUAGUAAUACUACUACUAAUAAUAAUAGAACAACGGCUAUCAAGUUACUUAACCUGUUCCGUACGGGAAGGCUCGGACAUUAUACUCUAGACCAUCUUCCAACUGAAAUUUUUCCAUGCGUUUCCACAUGAUAUCAUAAAGAAGCACACUCAAGCUAUUAUUAUUAUUAUUAUUAUUGUUGUAGUUGUUUUUUUAGAAAAAUUUUAGAAAAUUAGAAUGGAAUAAAGUUUAUGUUGUUUGGUCUUUUUUUUAUUAUUAUUAUUUUAAUUCGUUGUUUGAAUAAUAUGAUUUGAAUGUGGUUUUUAUGAAAAUAAAAACAAUACAUAUUUAUAAAAAAAUUGCAAUGCAGGUGUGAUAAUAAUUAAGUUAGUCCCGUUUUCCUGAUUGGUUUUGCAGUUUUGAAUUCCUAUCAGUUUUGUACACUGCAUUCAGCACUACUUACAUUAGCUCAAU